ACGCAGGAUUUCUUUUAGUUUUUCCUUCUUCCCGUUUGUCUUUUCUUGUACACACACACACACUCUCUCUCUUUUUCUUCAUUCUAUCGUUUCCGCAGACAAUAAAAUCAUGACUCAAUGCGUUCCUGCGGAAGGAUACAUAUACUGGAUAAAUUUGAUCUUCGGCGACUGCGUAUAUAGCACACAAGAGGCCAUCAGUGUACUGCUCGGCUAUCUUUCCAUCGUUUGUUGGCUGAAUGCACAGCUCCCCCAAGUGAUAGAAAACUAUAAGAUUGCCUCCGUUGACUCGCUGAGCAUCAACUUUUUAACCAUCUGGUUAGCAGGCGACGCGGCUAAUCUUAUUGGAUGCAUCUUGACUCAUCAGCUGCCUUUUCAACGCUAUCUUGGAAUAUACUUUGUAUUUAUCGACGUUGCCUUGCUGGUCCAAUGGAUCUACUACACCCACAAGAACAACAAGCGAAGCCGAUCGAGAAAUAGAAAAAACACAACCGAUGACCCACUGUCACGCGUAUUUCAACACCCGUCGGCCCGUACGCCGCUUUUGAUUGACGGCAAAUCACUCGAGGACGAACUUGCGCCGUGCUCUGCAUCGUCAUCGCCAAGCAAGUGGUACACAUUAAACGAUACUGCUAACAGUAGCGACACAACGCUGACGAACAGCAACAGGACCAAAACGUUGAUGGUCAUCAUGUUGCUUGGCUUCCGCUUGACAACCAGCAGUAGUGGCAGUAGUAACUUGGUAACAACAACACUUACAGCAGCAGCAGCAGCAGCAGCAGCAGAUAGCAAUGACGGCGUACUUGCAGUCCAGGACAAUGCACUCGUGAUUGGCCGUAUCUUUGCCUGGGUCUGCACUACGCUCUAUCUUUUGUCACGCAUCCCUCAAAUCCACAAAAACUUUAAGCGCAAGUCCAUCGACGGACUGUCGCCGACUCUGUUUAUCUGUGCUGCAUGCGGCAAUCUCACGUACACAGCGAGUAUCUUGAGCAACCCGAACCAGACGAGCGAGUCGCUUGUGGAAGCGAUACCGUAUCUGAUCGGCAGUGCAGGCACGCUCUGUUUUGACUUUACCAUCUUUUGCCAGUUCUUAUGGUACUGGAGACGCGGCAACAAUAAGCGUCAUCAUCAUCAUCAUCUUCACAGCAAUCAUGUUACUACAGUCUAAACCUCACAUGGCUAUUUUUUCCUUAAAGAGCCUUAAAGAUACCUAUCUCGACUCCAUGCUAUUUCCGCUUUUCACCGCAAAUAUCACCCCCUACUCUGUAUACACUUCCUUGCAAACAAACCUUGUACAUAGAUAGUUCAUCAUCAUCAUCAUCAUCAUCUCUCUCUCUCUCUCUCUCUCUCUCUGCGCCCUUACACACAAGACUUCUAUAUAAUCAUAGCAAACCUCUU